CCUCUUCAACAAGGGCCCUUCCUAUGGGCUCUCGGCUGAGGUCAAGAACAAGAUCGCUUCCAAGUAUGAUCAUCAGGCAGAAGAUGAUCUUCACAAUUGGAUAGAAGAGGUGACAGGCAUGAGCAUUGGCACCAACUUCCAGCUGGGCCUAAAGGAUGGCAUCAUCUUCUGCGAACUCAGAAACAAGCUACAGCCAGGCUCAGUGAAGGUCAACGAGUCCUCAUUAAACUGGCCACAGUUGGAGAAUAUUGGCGACUUUAUUAAAGCUAUUCAGGCUUAUGGAAUGAAGCCACAUGACAUACUUGAAGCAAAUGAUCUGUCUGAGACUGGAAACAUGACCCAGGUUCAGAUGACUCUGAUGGCUCUAGCAGGUCUGGCUAAAACAAAAGGAUUCCAUGCAACCACUGACGUUGGAGUUAAGUAUGCAGAAACACAAACAAGACGUUUUGAUGAAGGGAAAUUAAAAGCUGGCCAAAGUGUAAUUGGUCUACAGAUGGGAACCAAGAAAUGUGCCAGCCAGGCAGGUAUGACAGCUUAUGGGACUAGGAGGCAUCUUUAUGAUCCCAAAAUGCAAAGUGACAAACCUUCUGACCAGACCACAGUUAGUCUACAGAUGGGCACUAACAAAGGAGCCAGCCAGGCAGGGAUGUUAGCACCAGGUACCAGAAGUGACAUCUGUGAUCUGAAGCUAAUAUUACAGCCAGUGGACAACUCGACAAUUUCUCUACAGACGGGUACCAACAAAGUCGCUUCCCAGAAAGGAAUGAGCGUGUAUGGGCUUGGGCAGCAAGUAUAUGAUCCCAAAUACUGUGCUGCUCCGACAGAACCUGUCAUUCACAACGAAAGCCAAGGAACAGGAACAAAUGGUUCGGAAAUCAGUGACAGUGGUUACUAGGCAGAAUAUCCCGAU